CGCGCAUUUUCAUUUUUUUUCUAUUCUAUUGAUCGUUUAUUGAUCAUAAUGACAACACUUCAGGUUUAUGCACACAGGCUCAAUGAUAGCACUCUAUCGCCUAUUUUAAGAGUGACAAUCGCGAAUGAAUUAAGAGAUCAAGUCGAGAUGUUUCAAACACUUGAAUAUCCAAAGUUUUUAUCAACUUUACUUCCUGUAUUUAUGGAUAUUUUACAAAAUGGAAGCCCAGUAUUUCAAAGUAAUGCACCUGAACAAAAGCUACGUAAUAUUAUUUUGGAGAUUAUAUACCGAUUACCACAAACAGAGCCAUUAAAAGAAUAUGCAUAUGACUUAUGCACCAUGUUGAUGAACCUCAUUCGUGUCGAGAAUGAAGACAAUGCCGUCGUUUGUGCAAAGAUUAUUAUCGAUUUGCAUAGAGCUUUUAGAAAUGUAUUAGAAGAUCAAGUGCAGCCCUUCUUGGACAUCGUCCUGGAUAUAUUUAAAAAUAUGGAACAAACAGUAAAAGAUCUUUUUGAUGCUCCAAGUACUCCUAUUGGAUCAGCUACACCUGGCAUAAACCCUUUACUCGUAGCUUCUCCUAGGCCCAAUUCACCUGCUGAUGUGCCUGAAUCACCUUCAAAACCAUUACAAAAGAGUAUGUGUAGCUUUAAAGUCUUGACGGAAUGUCCAAUCAUUGUUGUUCUACUCUUUCAAACAUAUCGACAAAUCGCAUCAGAAAAUAUUCAAAAAUUCAUACCUUUAAUCAUUCAAAUCCUGAGUCUGCAACCAAAACCACAAGCCGAGGCUGCAAACGCUGCGCAGGCUCGUGGCGAAAUAUUUGUAGGUGUCUGUCCUGAAAUCAGAAAUCGAGCUUUAUACAAUGACUUUAUGGUAGCUCAAGUGAAAACAAUGUCAUUUUUGGCGUAUAUUUUGAAGAGCUAUAGCCAAUUAUUACGACCUUAUCAACAACAAAUACCAGACUUUGCACUUCGAUUACUGAGAGAAUGCCCACCAGAAUCAACAGCAACAAGAAAAGAGUUGCUAGUUGCUAUUAGACAUAUCCUUUCAAAUGAAUUCAGGGCUUCAUUUGUACCAAAGAUUGACUUGUUAUUAAAUGAAAAAGUUCUUAUCGGUACUGGAGUAACUUCUUAUGACACUCUGCGCCCUCUUGCAUACAGCAUGCUUGCCGAUUUUGUUCAUCAUAUUCGCUCAGAACUUUCACCUGCUCAACUCUAUCGAACUGUAUAUAUUUAUUCUCGUAACCUUCAUGAUGCUACAUUAGCGCCUAGUAUUCAAACCAUGUGUGGCAAGCUACUACUCAAUUUGAUUGACUGUAUCAUUAAAAUUCCUGAUAAAUCAGAAGGAAGAGAACUGCUGAUGCGUAUUUUGGAUGCAUUUGCAAGUAAAUUCGCUUCGUUAAAUAUCCUCUUCAAGACGUGCUUAAAGCAGCAUUUAAAAAAGAACAACGCCUUGCAAUCUUCACAGAUAUACCCAACCAAUAGCAAUAGUAAUAAUAGUACUGUAGAAAUACAAGAUAGUUUUGAUUACGACAGAGCCAAGCCUAUAAACGCUACAUCGUCCGUACUCGAUCCACAGCAUGAUGGAAUCAAAGAUGCUCGGUUUUUAUUUAAAAACUUUACUGUCGGUUUGAAAUCUUUAUUCAUUGGACUAAGACAUUGCAAUCCUACGCCUCCACCAGAGACCAAUACACAACUAUACUCUCAGUUUGUCCAAGGUUUUACACAACAGGACAUUCAUGUUCUCAUAAGGCUUUUUAGAGAAGGACUUGUCUGCUUUGAAUACUACAAUGUAGAUCAGUACGGCCCUAAUGGCAGUCUUCCUUUUGAAAACAUAAACUAUGAAGAACUAAAGAAGACCUCUGUUGGCUGUAAUGACCUAUCUCUUGUAAUUGGCACUCAGGCAACUACAGAAAAGGAGACCUUGGAAACAUUCGCAGCUGUUUUUACCCUUCUGGAUCCUGCCAUUUUCCAAGAAAUAUUUGUAUCUCAAAUGGGAUUUUUCUUUGACAGGAUGCUCAUCAAUACCUCACUUGUUCACAUUGCCCAAUACUUUCUAGUCAAUGACGUGUCUAGCCAAGGAUUUGUUAGCAUACUGCUUCAAUUUCUAGUGGAUCGACUGGAACAGUUGGGUGGAGAAGAUAUGCACUACUCAGCAGUACAAUUGCAUUUAUUCCGAUUAUCCUUUCUGGCUAUUAAUCUAUUUCCCAAUUUUAUUGAACCUGUUCUCCAGCCCUAUCUUAGUAGCUUGGUAGUCUCCUGCUUCAAACUAUCAGCUAAAGCAAAAGAGCCUGCAAAUUACUUUCUAUUGCUUCGUGCCAUGUUUAAGAGCAUCGGUGGUGGUCGUUUUGAACUCUUAUACAAGGAAAUUGGCCAUUUAAUUCAAAUGAUACUCGAAGGCUUGAAUUCACUACUGACACUUACCCAUAAACCGGAAAUGCGAAACUUGCUUGUCGAACUAGCUUUGGCCCUCCCGGUUCGAUUAAGCACGCUUUGCCCAUAUCUACCAUUAUUAAUGAAGCCGCUGGUGAUAGCUUUACAAGCUGAAAAUGAAUUAGUCAUUCAGGGCCUCCGUACUAUCGAACUUUGUAACGACAACUUAAACCCAGAGUUCCUGGACCCGGUUAUGGAGCCUGUAAUGCAUGAACUGAUUACGUCCUUAUACAAGUUACUUAGACCACUACCUCAUAACCAACAAUAUAGUCAAGUUGCAAUGAGGAUCCUUGGUAAACUUGGAGGAAGAAAUAGGCGUAUCUUAAACACUCCUCCUGUUCUUGACUAUAAAGAGCCAAUCGAAGAUGGUCUUUCUCUUGAAAUAAUAUUUGAUCCCAACACCGUCUCCCAUAACUUGCCUUUGGACAAAUGCCUGAAGUUAGCGUGUCAAACACUAGAAGAUCAAGAAGUUGAUUUAUUUUACAAGAAGCACGCGCAUGAAUUCUUAAAAACUAAUCUUAUUAUGAUGCUUGAACUUGACGAAGGUCCAGAUAAUCUGACUCAAAUUGUUCAUUAUCGUGUACAGCAAUUCUUACAAUACAAGUCAUCCAACGACAACAGCAACGCCAAGAGCAAGUUGACUAAUACGGAAAUGAUGGAUAUUGAUGAAGUAUCUUCUGGAUUAGCAUCAGAAGAAAUGCAGCAGAACGAUGCAAUUUUGAAGCCAAAAAGAUUGAGCAAUAGAGGAUAUACAAGAUAUUUUUCAAAACGACUUGCGCAAGAAGAAGCAUUCCGUACUAUACUUGUUGCAAUAUUGAAAGCAUCUGCUAUUCCAGCUCUAAGUGAAGAUGCAUGGCCUUUCUUUAGAGGCAUCUGCCGUCAUUUCAUGCUACUCCACAUUAAUGAAGCUAUUGAAGUGAAGAAAAAUGGCUCAAAGUCACUUUUGGACGUAAUGGAUGAAAAAUUAUCUGCUCAAAACUUGAGCACAACAAUUCUUGUGGAUGCCAUAGUAAAAAUGAUAUCGUCUGAAGACCCAAAUUUCAGACAAAAAGCAGAAGAAUCGCUUCAGUUGUGCUUUAAUAUAGCAGUGAAUGUCAUGGGCGCAAAAGAGCAUGUCUGGAGAUUACCUAUCUUUAGAGUCUUUGCUUCUCAAUUUUGUUCCUAUUGCUACAAACAAGAUUGGUAUCAUAAAAGAGGUGGCUGUAUUGGUAUUUCUAUCAUUAGCUCUCAGCUAGAUAUGGGUAUUCAAUGGAUGCGUGAACAUGAAAUAGAAUUCAUUCGUGCUUUGCUCUUUGUCUUGAAAGAUGCUUCACCUGAAAUGGCCAAUGCUAACACUACAGAAGCUACACAAACUUUAGCUCAUGUUCUCAAGGUGUGUAAUAGACCUGACGAUGACGAAUCUGAAGAAAGUCAGCAAAAGUUUCAAAACUUGAUAGCUUUGCUUUUAAGUGAACUUUCUAACUCAAAUAGCGCUGUGCGUGAGGCUAUACAGUCAUCAUUUCAACUUUUGGCAGAUCUAACAGGAAACGAAGUAACAGAACUUUUGGCUCCAGUCAGAGAACGUCUUGUUGCGCCUAUUUUUGCCAAACCAUUACGUGCUUUACCUUUUGCUAUGCAAAUUGGCCAUAUAGACGCUAUUACUUAUUGUCUCACCCUUCGACCGCCCUUUCUAGAAUUCAACGAUGAACUGAUUCGAUUGCUACAUGAAGCACUUGCACUUGCUGAUGCAGAAGAUGAAGCGCUAGUAAGCAAAAGCUCACAACAGAAAAAUGCAACUUCUUUGAUGAAUUUACGUAUCGUGUGUGUACAACUUUUGUCAGCAGCCAUGGCGUGUUCUGACUUUUCUAACCAGCGUCAGACACGUAUGGGCACGCGUAUUAUUCAAGUAUUUUUUAAAUCAUUAUAUUCCUCAACUCCAGAGGUGGUAGAAGCAGCCCAUCGUGGCCUUAAGCAAGUACUAUCUCAACAAAGUAAGCUCCCAAGGGAGCUCUUACAACAAGGUCUUCGUCCCAUCUUGUCCAACCUAUCAAAUCAUCAAAAGUUGACAGUCUCGGGCUUGGAAGGGCUUGCAAGAUUGUUGGAGCUUUUAACUGUCUACUUUAAAGUUGAGAUCGGCAAGAAGCUGUUGGAUCAUCUCACACAAUUGGCCGACCCAAGUGCUCUGCAAGAGGCUGCUGGAACUGCACUAUGUAAUAAUCAUUCUGUGAAAAUUAUUGUGGCAAUUUUGAAUGUUUUCCACUUGUUGCCUGCUGCUGCACACAUUUUCUUGGACAGUCUUGUUUCAGCUGUGUUAAAGAUGGAAUCACAUUUGCGCUGUUCAGUCUCAAGCCCGUUUAGGCCUAAUCUUAUCAAGUAUUUAAACAGAUAUCCUGCUGAAGCAGUGGCAUAUUUUUACGAUCGACUUGACCGCCCUCAGUACAGUCGUCUCUUCAUUGAUAUCCUUGGUGUUGAAAAUGCUGUUCAGCUCCGUGAUGAGGUCUCGAAAUCUACUAGUCAACUUUUGGAAAAGACCCUCAAAGUGCCUGACGACUCAUCUCUUCAUUAUCAAGGCGUAUUGAUAGUCCGUGAGGUAGUACGAUAUGACACAAACUGGUUAAGCGGACAGCCUGACGUAUUGGCGACGUUGAUAGAGCUCUGGCGCUCACCCACUCGGUUUGUAUCAAUGAAAAAUGAUGACCAAGAAGCUAUACGCGUCACUCGGGAAUCCUUGUACCUAUCUCAAAUCUUUAUAUCUCAUAUUCGUGCAAAUCCAGACAAUGUUGAUCUUAUCUUUGAAAUUGCACGCUUGUUUGCACAAGAAUCAGUCAUGGAUCUUUCUUAUCUUCGAGAAUUCUUCUUCAAGGACGUUGCUUUGAAGUACACUGCUAAAAACAAGCGACUCAUUUUAGAAAGAUUCCUUCAGCAAUUUCAUGAACCUUCUCUCUCUACUCUUUACCGUAUGAUGUUUCUUCGACAUGUCAUAAACCCCUCCUUGUUAACAGCAAUGGUUCAAAAGAAUGGCGAAUAUACAAAUAUCCUAGAUUCAGCCAUAAUGGAACAACUUGUGCGAAGAGUCUGGGGCUACUCUAUCUCAGAUUCAGUUGAUGACGACCAAUAUGCUGAAGACUCUCUCAGAAUUGAACUUCUUCAACUGACGGCCAUGAUAAUUCAAUAUGCGCCAGACUUGCUAGCUGAUUUGCGUAAAGAAGUGAUAAAAUUUGGCUGGAACUACAUACGUCUUGACGAUGCUACUUGUAAACAAGCUGCUUAUGUUUUGAUUGCUCGUUUUAUUACAGCAUUCGAAACACCUAGCAAAAUAGUUAUACAAAUUUAUGCUGCUUUACUACGUUCCCAUCUUUCUGAAGCACGACCCUUGGUCAGGCAAGGAUUGGACAUCAUUUCACCAGUUCUUCCUUCUCGUGUAUCUCAAACAGCGAAUGAGCGCAUUCCUACUUGGAUUCGUUUGACUCGCAAAGUGAUUGUUGAAGAUACUCAUAGUAUUUCACAAAUGGUUAACGUAUAUCAACUGCUUGUUCGUCACCCAGAGUUGUUUUAUGAUUACCGUGAGCAUUUUUUGCCUCAAAUAGUAAAUGCACUACCCAAGCUUGGACUAUUUCAAAAUGUUACACCUGAAAAUAAGCUUUUAACAGUCGAACUCGCAGAGCUGAUUUAUAAUUGGGAACAAAAACGCCUACAACACCAAGCUAGAAAAGAUGAGGGGAGUCAUGGACCAGUUGCUACUCCCGAAAAGAGGUCACUUGAACAAUCUUCUACAGACACCUCAUCAAAGAAACUAAAGAAAGAGAAUGGUAGCGGUGAAGUUAAAUCAGUACCUACUGCAACUGAAUCGGUAACAUUGGCUACCAACGGAUCUAAAAGAUAUGUACCUCCUUUGACCUUACGAGAGAAUAUCAUUGGUUUCUUGGUUCGAUUGGCAUGUACAAUAUAUAAUCCUACGGACGCUAUGCAAAAGAAACUGGUACAACGCGUAUUGGAGCUCAUAAAGAACUUUCUCCAGCCUUCUUUUUGGCCGGAUGUUCAUGUCAAGUUCAUUCACUUGGAGCGAACAUUGGCUAUGAAAGAUAUGAAUGACAUAUAUCUACCAAGUAUAUGCAAUGCUUUAGAAAUCUUAAAUGUUGACAUUAGUCGUAAACCAGCUGACUGGUUUCUUGUUAAUAUGGGUCCAUUAUAUCGUCUAUUAGAAAACUGUAUCAAAUCUGACACUGUUCGCAUCCAUACAACGCUUCAACCAGUAUUAGCAUGUAUAUUCAAGUCUAUAAACCAAACAAUCAACCCAGAAGGCAAGGAACAUCAGCAAUCAGAUGCUUCAGCUUUUAUAUCUCUAGUAGAAUCGACCAUUGUGGAUGGUAUUGCUAAUACGAGUAAUACAUAUGGAAUUUUGAAGCUGCUUCAAGCAUACUGUACUGGUCGAAGUGAAAAAUUAGAUCAGUUUAUUCCUGGUAUUGUCAAAUUACUUCAAAAACUUACCAGGGAACAUGCGCUUUCUACUCAAUCUACUGGCUCUUCUAAUCCAGACUCUCAGGUCAAUCUAUUGAUUCUUAGCCUUGGUCUUUUGAAAAUGAGAGUAUCUUAUUUGGGUGAUCAACGUCGUUGGUUUCUUGCUUGCUUGACUCAGUUAAUUGAAAAAUCACCAGACAUUCAACUUCUACACGCCAUUUUAGAUAUGGUUACCGAAUGGACCCUUGAUAAAACAGAACCAUUUCCAACGAUUAAAGAAAAAGCUAGUCUAUUGGUCACAAUGAUGAGCUUGCAAAAUCGCAAUGACAGUCGACUUACUGAGGAUUAUCUUGAAUUGGUCUUGAAGAUUUAUAGUAAUCCUGUCUUUGCAAGGUCUGAACUUACCGUUCGCUUGGAAGAAGCGUUUCUAUCGGGAGCCAAAAGCAAAAACGCACAAAUCCGUUCACAAUUUAUGCGUGUACUUGAUCGUAGCCUGAACCGCACACUUCAUACACGGUUGAACUAUAUUCUAGGUGUGCAGAACUGGGAAUCAUUAGCAGAUAGCUUUUGGAUUCAUCAAGCAUUGGAUCUGUUGCUUGGUGCUAUUCAUGCCAGCUCUCAACUAUCAUUUUCUCAUGUUUUGACAGCCAUGUCGAUAAAUGCCGCUGGAAGUGAAGAUGAACCUCAAGCAUCAGAGACAUCUGUGGAGAUCAAGAAUACGAUAGAAGAGCAUCAGCAAUUCUUACAAAGCUUACAGAAAUAUACUGUACAUAACAUUAUCGUAAAUAUUCGUCAGUUACAAUACCUUGACAGUAAGGUGUGCUUUCAACUUUGGGUUAGUAUGUUUUCAAUGGCAUGGUCUGAGCUAAAUGAUCUUGAAUGUCAAGAAAUGGGUAAGAUGAUCAUUCAACUACUUGCAAGGGAUUAUCAUGAAAAGCAAUCUAGUUUGCGUCCAAACGUUGUUCAAGCCUUGAUGUCUGGUAUUGCACAUGUAAAUCCAAAUAUCAAGUUACCUCCUCACUUGAUCAAGUACCUGGGUAAAACCUACGAUGCUUGGUAUACUUCUAUUGAAAUUCUUCAAAGAUCAACUGAUGCUGCUCGAUUGGCUUCUCUUCCUAAUGAUGGCAUAAAUAGUCAAGAAUGUAUCUGGGACGCUUUAGCUGAUAUGUUUUCCAGCUUAAGUGAGCAUGAUAUGUUUUAUGGUUUAUGGAAACACUGCUGUACCUAUGCAGAAACAAACAUCGCUUUAUCUUUUGAACAAAGUAAUAUGUGGUCACAAGCUCAAACAAUGUAUGAAAAUGCCCAAAUUAGAGCUCGUAAUGGUGUAUUACCUUUCACAGAAUCUGAAUACAUGCUCUGGGAGGACCACUGGGUCUUAUGUACCGAAAGACUUCAGCAAUGGGAUGUUUUAGCUGACUUAUCCAAACAUGAUAACAAUCCGAAGCUGCUUCUUGACAGUGCUUGGCGCUUAUCCAAUUGGGCUGUUGAUAGAGAGUUGCUGGAACAAACAGUCUCUCAAGUGAAAGGCUCGAGUACACCGCUUAUGAAAGUAUACGAAGCAUUUUUAGCCCUCAUUAAACCACAAACAACUGACGAUAGGCUUGAAGAAUUCACUCGUGUAUAUGAAGAAGGCAUCCAGAUUAGCUUAAAACAGUGGUAUACAUUGCCAAGGGUGGUAUCACAGAGCCACAUAUCGUUAUUACAAAUAUUUCAACAGUAUUUAGAGCUUCGUGAGGCAAGUCAAAUAUUUAAUAAUUUAGCAAAUACAAAUGCACAGAACCUCGAACAAAGGUCCAAUGAACUUCGCAUUAUCCUCGGAUCUUGGCGCGAUCGAUUACCAAAUAUAUGGGAGGACAUCAACUUUUGGAGUCAUACAGUUGCUUGGCGCCAGCAAAUAUUCAAUGCGAUUAAUCGUGCAUAUGUGCCUUUAAUCCCAUUGCUUCCUAUUCAAGGAGCAAAUCAGAACAUGAAUUCUGUUGCUUAUCGUGGCUAUCACGAAACGGCGUGGAUUAUUAAUCGCUUUGCGCAUGUAGCAAGAAAGCAUGAUUUAGACAAUGUAUGCACCACUUCCUUGGCCAAAAUUCAUACAUUACCUAGCGUCGAGGUCCAGGAAGCAUUCUUAAGGCUACGUGAACAAGUUAAAUGCUAUUACAAGAAUCCAUCUCAACAUAAUGCUGGCUUAGAUGUGCUAAAUAACGCCAAUAUAUCAUAUUUCAACCACGAACAACAAGCAGAAUUAUUUGUCUUGAAAGGCAAACUGUUGGCAAAACUGAACUAUUAUAACGAAGCUAAUGAAUCAUUUGUUAAUGCUGUACAAGUCAUUCGAUCUAAUCAGCCUAUCAACAAUACUCAAGGUUCUCAACCUACUCAGAAUCCGCAAACACAAGCAUCGUUUGGAAAAGCUUGGGCCGCAUGGGGCGAAUAUAACCACCAAAGAUUUAAAGAGAAUCCUCAAGCUUUAAGUUGGGCUAACCAUGCUGUAAGCUGUUAUUUACAAGCAGCGGAAGUGUAUAAAAAUGCUAGAUCAAGAAAAUACCUCCUACGUGUUUUAUGGUUACUUGGCUUGGAUGAUCAAAAUGGAAGUAUUUCAAAUGCGUUCGAGGCUUAUACAGGAGAUAUACCAGUGUGGUACUACAUUACAUUUAUUCCUCAACUUUUAAUGGGAAUACAACAAAAAGAAAGCAAAUAUGCACGCACUAUUCUUAUGCGAAUUGCUAAACAUUAUCCUCAGGCAUUACACUUUCAAUUAAGAACUGCUAAAGAAGAAGUUCUGAAACGCAUGAAUAUGACAAAUACCUUAUCAACUGCAAAAAAUAGUACAGAAAGUGUAAAUAACAAUGAUAUAGAAACCAAGGAUGCAGCCACUUCAGCAAAGGGUUCUGAUAAAGCUGAGACUGGAAAUACUGAAAUCAGUGAAGGAAAGCAUGAAGAUAGGAUGGAUACGGAUAAUGAUUCUUUGGAGAAACCAACACAUGAACAAGACAUAAAGAAGGAAGAUGAAGGCUAUGAUAGAAGUAAAGUGAAAGCUGAGGAAAAGGAAAUGCAGACAACAUGUGAUAACGAUGAUAAAUCUUCAAAUACUGAAGGAGAUCAGCCCAACAAGUCUUUAGAUCAAGCAACAACCAAGGCUCCAACCCCAACUCACCCUUAUGAUGAGAUUAUGUCCAUGUUAAAGACCGGCUAUCCAUUAUUAGCUCUAUCUAUGGAAACGAUGGUAGACCAAAUUCAGCUGAAAUUUAAGCCUCAGCCUGAUGAGGAGAUGUAUCGACUCGUUGUGGCUUUAUACAAUGAAGGUGUACAGCAACUUCUUGCUCGCUUAAUGAACCCAAAUGACAACCUUGAGCUAACCAAUGCAACUAUGAGCAACAUUGCUCGAUUUGCUAGCAGUCUUUAUCCAGGCAAUAUAAAAACAGCAUUUGUACAUGACUUUGCAAAAUCCAAGUUGAACCUAGAAGAGUAUGUGGCUAAACUAAGACUGUGGAGAGACAAAUUUGAGGCCAUGCUGGAUUCUAGGCCACAUAAACAAAAACUAGAGGCAUCGAGCCACUAUCUGGUAGAAUUUCAACAUCAAAAGUUUGAUGACGUUGAGAUUCCUGGUCAAUAUUUAAUGCUAACCGACAAUGCAAACAACUUCUUACGUAUUGAUCGCUUUUUACCAGAAGUAGAAAUUAUUCGUAACUAUGGAAACUGCUUCCGACGCAUUACUAUUAGAGGGCAUGAUGGCAGUCUUCAUCCAUUUGUUAUUCAGAAUCCAUCAGCUCGACAGUUUAGACGAGAGGAAAGACUCAUGCAACUGUUCCGUUUACUCAAUGGUGUUCUGGAGCGCAAGAGAGAUAGUCGCAUGCGUAACUUGGAUUUCCAUCUACCCCAAAUUGUUCCUCUGGCACCCAACGUUCGUAUGGUUAGCGAUGAUCCCUCUUAUUGCACACUUUACGAAAUCUAUGAGGAUCAUUGUGACAACACGAAUAUGCACAAAGAUGAGCCACUUUCCCUGUUUGUCGAAAAACUCAAAAAUAGCAUUAACAAAGCCAAUGAGGCUACUAAUAUCAAAAUGGAGAUGCUUAACUUGAGAAUAGAAAUUAACGAAGAGAUUGCCAAAACGAUGGUUCCACAGGAUAUCUUGAGCAAGUACAUGCUUCGAUCACUUGCAUCUUAUGAUGACUAUUGGUUCCACCGUAAGCGAUUCAUUGCUCAGUACGCAACAGCAACCUUUAUGACCUACUUAUUUAAUGUGGGUCAUCGUACACCUCAUAAAAUUACUAUAUCUCGUCAAACGGGUAACAUUUGGAUGACGGAGUUCUUGCCUGGUUGGGAUCAAAAUAACCUUGUACUUGGCAGUGGUGAAUCUGUUCCUUUUAGAUUUACGCCCAAUAUUCAAAAUUAUAUGACAAAGAUUGGCAUAGAUGGUCUCUUCUCUAGUUGUCUUAUGGCUACAGCAAGUAGUCUAACAGAAUUUGGAUUGGGACUAGAUGAUUAUCUAUGUCUUUUUGUUAGAGACGAGAUAAUAUCUUGGUUUUUAGCUAAUCAGCAAAGUAUACCAGAGGGACAAGUACGUGAGCUUGUACAGACUAAUGUGGGUCAUAUGAUUGCAAAAGCUCGCCUACUAGCAUGUAAAUCAGACAUUGAAAAGACAAUACAGUCAGAAAGGCCUGUGUGUCAAAACAUAAUUGAAUUAAUUUCACAAGCAAGUAAUCCACAAAGAUUGGCUCAAAUGGAAUGUACUUGGAUGCCAUGGCUAUAAUAUAUACUCUUAAUAAACUUACAAAUAAAAACUUAUAUCGUUAUCAUGCGUCAUUUUUAUUUGAUAACCAAAUAUUAUCACAUACGACGUAUUACUCAUUUUAUCAAGAUGGAUUAAACCCAGGAGCACUACUAGACUUUUGGUGGCCUUUUGAAGGAAAAGAAGCUCUC